GGGUUUUACCUCGCAGCUCGCAGCCGUCUCCGCUCCGCCGUCUCCGACCCAGCCCCCCCCACUCGCCGACGCCAUGGCCGGGAAGAAGCGCAAGUCCUCGGAGAAGCAGCCCAAGGGGAGCCGCCUCCCGCUCGGAGCCGACGCCGACGCGGUGGCCGACGCCGGGAAGCGCCGCCGCUCGGGCGCCGCCAAGCGGCACCAGGCCGAGGAGGAGGCCUCCGUGCCCUCCUCCAUCAGCGCCAAGAUCCUCCGCGAGGCGCUCAAGCAGCAGCACGAGGAGGGCCUCCCCGACUCCCGUGAGCUUCCCCCCUCCCACGCCCCAUCAGCUGGCGCGACCGCGGCCCCGUCCACGUCGUCUUUCGUCCCCAUCCCCGUCGACGGCGGCAACGACGAUGACGACGAGGAGGAGGACGUCGACGAGUUCGACGGCUUCGACGCGCAGAGCGAGUACGACGGCGGCGUGCCGGAGAUUGACGAGGAGGACGAGAAGGCCCUCGCCGCCUUCAUGUCCAAGGACACCUCUUCCAAGCAGUCUCUCGGUGACAUCAUUCUCCAGAAGAUCAGAGACAAGGACGCGACCGUCUCAGCAGAAGGACGGCCUGCUGUCAAGUUGGACGACAGAAUCGUCGAACUCUACAAAGAGGUUGGCCAGCUCCUGAGGCGAUACACCAGCGGGAAGAUCCCCAAGGCGCUCAAGCGCAUCCCGUCGCUCGAAUGCUGGGCGCAGGUGCUGCAGCUGACCCAGCCCGAGCAUUGGUCUCCCAACGCGGUGUACCAGGCGACGCGGCUCUUCUCUUCGAACAUGAACGCCAAGAACGCCGUGAGGUUCUACGAAGCCAUCCUGCUCCCGCGUAUUCGCAACGAUAUAAAGUACAACAAGAGGCUCCAUUUCGCGCUUUAUCAGGCUAUGAAGAAAUCUCUCUACAAGCCUGCUGCCUUUUUCAAGGGGAUUUUGCUGCCGCUCUGUCAGGAAGGAAAUUGCAAUCUGCGUGAAGCGGUAAUUAUUGGUAGUAUUCUCGAGAAGUGUACCAUUCCUCCACUCCAUGCGAGCGCGGCAUUAAUGAAACUAGCAGAUAUGGAGUACUGUGGCACAACUAGUUACUUUAUCAAGAUAUUUCUGGAUAAGAAAUAUGCUUUGCCGUACCGUGUACUUGAUGCAGUUUUUGCCCAUUUCAUGCGGUUUCUUGAUGAUGAGAGGAACAUGCCUGUUAUAUGGCAUCAGUCACUGCUUGCCUUUGUGGAAAGGUUAGUGAUGGACGUGUAAAGUUCAAAGGCAUAU